AAAAAAAGAAGAUAUUAGGGUUUUGGCUUACCACUAUCAGUAACAGAGUAUACAGUUUAUUCCUUGCUUGCGUUGUUUUUCUGCAGCUCCCAACUCUUUUCGGUUCCAAUUUGCAUCCAUAGAUAAUCAGACACUCGGUGUAGCAAGCAGAGGUAGAGAAAAUGUUGGACAUCAAUCUGUUUAGAGAAGAGAAGGGCAACAACCCCGAAAUCAUCCGCGAAUCUCAACGCCGUCGUUUCAAGGCCGUCGAGAUCGUCGACGAGGUCAUCCAGCUCGACAAAGAAUGGCGUCAGCGUCAAUUCGAGCUCGAGAAUCUUCGGAAAGAGUUCAACAAGAUCAACAAGCGAGUUGCUCAACUAAGGAUUGCUGGCGAGGAUGCAACUGACGUGAUUAAGGACACAGAGGAAAAUAAGAGGUUGGCGGCAGAGAAAGAAGUUGAAGUUAGAGAAGCUUUAACACAGUUGAAUUCAAAAUUGGAAGUCAUUGGAAACCUUGUGCAUGAUUCGGUUCCCAUCAGUAAUGAUGAGGAAAAUAAUGCUGUGAUUAGAUCAUGGGGUGAGAAGCGAAUGGAGCCAAAACUAAAAAAUCAUGUUGAGCUUGUUGAGCUUCUUGGGAUCGCAGACUUGAAAAAAGGUGCUGAAGUGGCUGGGGGUAGAGGUUUUUACCUGAAAGGUGCUGGUGUACGCCUUAAUCAAGCUCUGAUAAACUUUGGUCUUGAUUUUCUUGAGAAAAGGGGAUAUACAGAAUUGCAGACUCCAUUUUUUAUGAGAAAAGAUAUCAUGGCAAAGUGUGCUCAAUUAGCACAAUUUGAUGAGGAACUUUACAAGGUAACUGGUGAAGGUGAUGACAAAUAUCUGAUUGCUACAGCUGAACAGCCACUUUGUUCAUAUCAUAUAGAUGAUUGGAUUCAUCCAUCGCAGCUACCCUUAAGAUAUGCUGGAUACUCGUCUUGUUUCCGUAAAGAAGCUGGUUCACACGGUCGAGAUACCUUGGGAAUUUUUAGAGUUCAUCAGUUUGAGAAAGUUGAACAGUUUUGUAUUACAAGCCCAGAUGGAAGUGAUUCUUGGGAAAUGCACGAGGAAAUGAUAAAAAACUCCGAGGAUUUUUAUAAAUCGUUAAACCUCCCCUAUCAUGUAGUCGCAAUUGUUUCUGGUGCUUUGAAUGAUGCCGCAGCAAAGAAGUAUGAUCUGGAAGCAUGGUUCCCUGCAUCUCAGACAUACAGAGAAUUGGUCUCUUGUUCAAACUGUACAGACUACCAGUCAAGAAAACUAGAAACUCGAUAUGGGCAGAAAAAGAGCAAUGAGCAGACAAAGAAAUAUGUUCAUUUAUUGAACUCCACUCUUACCGCGACUGAGAGAACCUUGUGUUGCAUUGUUGAGAACUACCAGAGGGAAGAUGGUGUGGACAUACCAGAAGUUUUACAACCUUUCAUGGGCGGAAAGACCUUCCUACCUUUCAAGAACAAACCGGCCCCUGAAGUCAAAGGGAAGAAAUCAAAGGCCUAAAUUCAUAAUUUUAUUUUGAGUUUUCAAUGAAGAAUAGGUUAAUGAGAUUAGUUCAUGAUAUCGCUUACGCAAACUAUUCUGAUUGUUUUGAGAAACUGUGAAACCCAAAUUCCAUGUCUUGAAGUUGAUGUAAUGAAUUUUAAAAGUUUGGCACUUGUUUAGUCUUGGUUUGUGUUAUAGAUACAUUUUGACCGCUGAUUUGCACCUUUAUAUCAAUAAGACGUACCCUUGUGCUGCAAGAAGUCGUCGGUACAGAAAGUUUUACCAAAUUAAUAUAAGUUUUUGCAGCGGAUUUUAGUUUAAUAUCAGGAGGGUACUUGUUAUUCAUACUGUAAUAAUCAAGUCGCCCCAUUUCUGAAAUGAUCUAUUUUUGCUUCUGCAGGGUACGCAACCCUGUUCCUUUGAAACAAGCUGGUCCACAAUUCUCAUCUUCUUCAAUCAUGAAACUGGUUGAAAAGCCAUUCUUCAACUUGAUCCGGGGCUUUUGGUUAAAAAGACUUAGCAUGCUGUUGAAAUGAGAAGAACUCAAAUUCUGUUUCUAGUCACUUUUCAAUUGCACCAAAAUAAAAACUCUGAGCCCACAAAUUGGAAAUUUUGCAUUAGAAAGGGAUUAAAUUUUGGAAACUAUUGCAUCUGCAAUCUUGUUUUUGCUCUCAAAAGUCAAAGAGCCAUGACUUUGGAGCACCGCACGUACAAAAUGUGGCAUCAAUUUAAGAUUAUAUUUCUUGUCCACAAUUGUACGGA